CCAUUACCAUUGCAAAAAUUGAUGGAAAUCAAGGAAUAUAUAACCAUGAGGAGUUUUAUUUCUCCGCUGAGGGAAGAGAAGAAGAAGAUGCAGUUGCUACUAACGAAUUUUCUUCAACUAAUUUUGAGAACAACAAAGAAAAGGGAAAGAAUCAAGAAAAACUGCGUAAAUCUGAAAAACUAAUGGACUUUGUUUUAAAAUUAACAAUUCUAAAACAUCUCAAAGAUUUAUCUAACAAUAAAAGCAGUCAAUGUAGGGAAACGGACUCGAAAAUAAAAGCAGAAAGAGAAGAAGAAGAUGAAAUCAAGAGAAAAGAAAUUAACUUAAUGUGGCAGAAUUUCCUACAAGCUUUCACUUUAAAUGGUUUUCGUCAUAUUUUUGAGAAGGGGACCAUCCGACGGGUGGUGUGGCUAAUUAUUUUAUUAAGUGCUAUAUUCGUAGUUUGUGUGUCGGCGAAGAAAAGUUUAGCAAAAUAUUUCACCCGUCCAAUCACUACUACAGUAAAUAUGGUAUAUAGAGAUGAAAUUAUAUUUCCUGCAGUUACUUUAUGCAACUUCAACUUUUUUCCACAUUAUCUUAUUAACGGAACAAUAGGAGAAAAGGUUGUGUCAAUAUUAGCGCCUUUAGAAAACUUUAACCGCACGCAUCAAGAGAUUAUAAGUCAGCAGGGGCCGUACACAGCUAACAUAAGAGACUAUAGAUCGAUUUUUACGAAAUUAAAAUGGAAAAGAAAAAAAAUUGCAAAGAAAGAAGAUAGCAAAGAUAAACAUGAAGAUCUGUAUUUUGAUCAUAAUUUCGACUUUGCCGAUUUCGUUAAAAAACAUGGCCAUAAGAUUGACCACAUGGUCAAAAAAUGCCAUUGGAAAGCACAAAAAUGCGGACCAGAAAAUUUCACCUCUGUUUUAACUGAUUUCGGGCUUUGUUACACAUUUAACCCUGGCACCCCUGACCAUCCGCUAUUGAAGGUUCACAGAGCUGGUGUGGAUUUUGGAUUGCGUUUGCAGCUCAAUGUACAGCAAGAUCAAUAUUAUGGAAUCUUAAGAGAUUCAUCUGGAUUUAAAGUGAUGAUACAUGAUCAAGAUGAACCGCCAUUAAUUAACGAGCUUGGUUUUGCUAUCCAUCCCGGCAUGCACACUUUUUGUGGAAUUAGAAAAACAAAGAUCUUCAACCUGCCUGCACCGUGGGAGACAGCGUGUGAAGAUAAAAAGACUGAAGAUCAACGUAAAUAUACAAAGUCAGCCUGUUUAAUGAAAUGUAGGGCAGAAUUUAUAGUUGGAAUUUGCAACUGCCGAUCUUUUCAACACGAAGGUUCUGCUCCUGUUUGUUUACCACAUGAAAUAAGAGAUUGCGUGAGGCCAGCGAUUGCUACGUUUAUGAACGAAUCUGAUCAUUGUGAAUGUCCUGUACCUUGCGAAAAGAUACGAUAUCAACCACAACUUUCAUACGCACAAAUGCCAGCCAAACAUUACAGUGAAGCUUUAGCUAAACUGAAACAUAUUGACAAAGAUAGAAUGAGACAUUUUCUCAGAGACAAUUUGUUGGAAUUAGAUUUAUAUUACGAAGAGAUGAGUACACAAGUUAUCCAGCAAGUUCCUUCAUACGAUGAAGAAAGUCUGUUCGGUGAUAUUGGAGGACAAAUUGGUCUAUUUCUUGGCGCAAGCAUCCUCACGGUGUUAGAAAUUGUCGAUCUCCUCGGCAGGGUUUUGGUUGUGAAAUUUGGAAGAGUAAAAAAACCGGAACACAUUGCAUAAUAUUGUGCGAAAAAAACUUAAUCAAGAAGUCUGUUUUUUAUAAAACGGCCACAAAAUGUAGAGAAAAGGUGAUAAAAAAUGUUGGGGAGAGGACCCUGGUCUUGAAUUUCUUACAAAAUGAAGAAAAACAAAUAAUCGAAAUAAAGUAUAUUUAACAUACUACAUAAAUUUUUAUACGAUUUUUAAAGAGUAUUCAGACUCGAUUACUCAGUUAUAUUAUAUACAUAUAAAGUUUGAUGGACAGAACAAAAU